AUGAGCAGUUAUAUACGCUUGAAAGUACCGGUAGUAGCUGAAAGCAUUUUAGGGAAAAUAGAAAAACGAGUUGCUGAACUCGAUAAUAAAGAUCUUUUGGACGAGGAACUGCUAACUCUGCAUUCAGUGUUUGGAAACGUGUUAGAAAGAUCUCUGGAUAUUUUGGAGAAACAUCCGUCAUUUACUGCCUAUACUACUAAGAAUAAAUUGAGAGUCCUAUUGGAAAUAAAAGGGGAAAACGACCGCUGUUAUAGAGUGUUUCCUCGUAUCAACUAUUGUCCGUGCUAUUCAUUUAAACACCAAGUAUUAGAGCAUAAAUCUCAAGUGUUUUGUAAACACGUCCUAGCCGCUAGAAUAGCUUUAAUUCUUGGUCGUAUAACAGAACACGAAGUCACCCAAGAUCAAUAUUUGAUGUUAUUACGCUCUAUGUACGAUAUUGAAGAAAACAAUGGAUGA